AGCUGCUGGGCCGGUUGUUGGUGAUGCAACCAAUCAGAUCAAUCUGAUGCGGGUGCUGAAUUCCGACUAUCUCUACAGAGGCACAGUAACUAAAGUCGUCGAGGAGGUGUGCCGUACGCUUGUGACUCAGUCCAUCGCCCACUCACUGUACACACCUGCCCUGGAGGAGAUGCCUGUGUACUACCAAGGACAGACUAUCGCUGUACUUGUCCCAGAUGAUGAUCCGCUGGCACCCGCCUCUAUGCUGGCCACGGGUGUAGCAGGUGCUAUUGGGGGCGUUCUGCUGAAUCCCAUCGAGGUAAUCCACACUCGAAUGGUGUUACAGCGCAAUGUAAGCGACGCAAAGUACCAAAACAUUCUGCAGGGGUUAGCGCUGGUUUAUGAUGAAGAGGGCCUGGAAGGUCUGUUUGCUGGGUGGCAGCUGGCUGCCAUUGCGCAUGGGGUGCUGCCUGUGCUGAGUGACAUAGGAGAUUCUCUGCUGGCUGAGUUGUUUGAGGGGGUGUAUGGUGACGAUGGAGUGUCUAGUGUAGGCUAUGUGUUGUGCGAUAUACUUUAUAACCUGGCUGUAUUGCAGAUACAGAUGCCGCUGGAGGUCAUGCGGCGGCGCUUGUACGUGCAAGGGGCCUUGAAGCAUGGGUUUCACCCUGUAACCAAGGUAACGCGCACUGCCUACACAUCCACCGCAGACAUCGCCACAAGGAUAUACGCCGAAGAAGGGGUGUCGACAUUCUUCAGUGGGUUUGCCACACACUUUGCGGCAGCGACGGGUGCCAUUGUACUGUACAUUGGUCUUCAGCUGGCAGGCGAAUGAGUGCAUUUCAACUCAGUUUAUAAUUUAAAAAAAACCAAGUUACAAUCCCUUCAUUCCGAGACUAUUUACACGUGGCAAUAUCAAUACCUUUGAACUGAUUUUGAGAAUAUUGGGUUCUGCUUUGGGUUUGAACAUUCUGUGUUUGUGUAUUUUGGUUUUGAAAAAAGAAAUAAAAAAAAUUUAAAAAGCCG